AUGGAGCUCGACGGCGCGAACGCCUCGUCGGGGCACGAGACGGUGCAGGCGGUGGGCCCGGAGCACCACCACGUGUUCGCUCACCAGCACACCUGCACGCGCUUCUGCCAGAUGGGCCACGAGUUUGGCAACGUAUACCGCUGCUGCAGCACCGGGAAGCUUCACGUCUGCGACAGCAACUGCGCCGAGCGCGUCCAGGUCGACAACUACACGGCUGUGUGCAGGCUCAGCAGGAAGGUGUUCCAGGUCACGCCCCUCGAGCGCGUCGUGAGGAAGCGCUCCAACAAGGAGAUCGAGGGGCUCGGGGCUGCAGAGGACUGCCAGCCCACCCGCGCGCCCUCCCUGCGCUGCCUGUACGGCAACGUACCUGCAUGA